AUGAGUCUGUUAAAGUGGACUGGCGUGACCUAGGUUUCAUAAUUACUAUGUUCAUAGCAAGCAAAGCCAAAUUAAUCGUAGAUGUACGGCAAUUAAAACUGUGCCCUUCACCCUCGUUUUUGACACUGUGGUGGUUGAAUCAUUGCUAAUACAAAAUGAUUCUCCUGCCAGUCCAGGACUACUUAGGGUUUCCAGAGCUUUUUCUCACCAACUAACUUGAGAACAGACGAACACUUUACUGCACACCUGGCUUUGUUCUGUCUUUUUCAGACGUUUGGUGUAAAUUCAUCCAUGAUCAGGUCUGUGGACCACAUCAACAUUUGGAGUAGUAACCGCCAUCAAGAAGGAUGGAACCGAACUGCAAAGGGAGCUGGAAAGAUUAGAGCUGUGGAUAAGAGGAGAGUCGGUCCUAAUAAAACUGGAAUCAAGAUGACGACAGCUGCACCACUGGGAAAUAAUACCCUGUCUUCAACAAAUGUGACCACAAAGUCUCAAGAAGAAAUUCUUUAUCAGAGUUCCGGAGCAAUUGUAGCUGCCAUCGUAGUUGGAGUGAUUAUUAUAUUCACAGUGGUUCUGCUCAUGUUGAAAAUGUAUAACAGACGCAUGAGGGCAAAACGAGAGCUGGAACCCACAAGCACCAAAGCCAAGACUCCUCCUACUUUGGGACAGAACAGUACCAAUGCUAACCAACCCACAACAGUAACUAUCAUACCAGUGGACAUCCAUAUGCAGAACAGAUGACUGUGGACAUUGGCCCUACCUAAGAGAGAUCACUCUCCUUGAAGAAUGAGACAUGAUAACUAGACUCUUUAUUCACGUAGACCUGUGACUCUUUACCAGAGGAGGAUUGGCACUACGCGUGGAGUUGAAACUAAGGAUUAUGUGGGUAAAUGGCCACAUUUUCCUUUAGUAGAAGGAAAAAAUAAAAUGCUGAGCACCUUUGUAUGGCUGAUCUAACAAUGUGAUGGCAUCAUAUCAGCAGGAACAUGAAGAGUCAUAUUUUCUCUGUAGAAGUUAAGUGGCAACAAAUGGCAAAAAUACCCUUUAGAUGGGUCAAAAGAUGCACACUCCUGUAUUCACAGUGUCCUUGAUUAGUCAUGAGCAAUUUGGUGAGCUUUCUAUUCCUCUCCUGCAGUGAUCUUUCAUCUUCAUCACUAUUGAUCUGGAUGUAAAAGCUACAACUAUGCUUCAUUCUUGGAUUUGUUAUGCUUGUAUCUUUUUAUUUUUAUUUUAAGCAUGAGGAAUAACAUAUGAAGUAACAAAACUGUAUUCAGACUUC